UGUCCUUGGUGGAACAAUGGGUACAACCCUCCUCAACAAAACCAGCUAACAACUGCCUUCAGAGACUAAUCACCCACUGCCCUCUGCUCCUUCUCUCUCUCAAAUAAGGCCCUAAAAAAUUCACCGUAAUGAAGCACCGUACGACACCAGUGUCUCCAAAUUAAACGAUGGAUGGAUCUCCAAGAGGGAUAGCGGAGCGUUCAAGAUUCAGGGAUUCAUCUACUAUGGACUUCACACAUGAGUCCUAUUUCAGAAUCAUCCAAUCAAAUAAUGCCACAACACCAAUAAAUUACAUGGAUACCAUGCUUCCAUAGACAAGCAAGAAAUUUGGUCAUUAUAAGCACUUGAUGUCUUCAUAACCUAACUUCCUAUAUAUGUUAUCAAAGCCUCACUAUAGCCUACAGUUCUCCUUUAAAUCAAUUCUCUUUCUCUUUUCUGUUCUCUUUCUCUCGCUCUGUCUCUCCCUCUCUCUUACAGCCUGCACAAAAGAAAGAAGUGUCACAUCGAUCAUUGGCUUUUCUUUUUCUGUCUAUUUUUACAUGGAUGAGAAGUGGAAGCCAUCAAAGAAAGAAGGUUCAUCUUCUUCUUCUUUUGUUAGGAGUUUCUCAACCAAGAGUUCAUCUUCAAAGUCUCCUCUUUUGAGAAGCUCUUCCCUUAAAUGCUCUUCUCCAAGCAGCAAGUGUCCUCUUCCAAGGAGUUACUCUCAGAAGAACUCCUCCAUUACUCGAAAGUGCAGUAGCUUAGCUAAAGAACAGAAGGCAAGAUUCUAUAUCAUAAGGCGCUGCGUUGCCAUGCUUGUUUGCUGGCAUAAACAUGGAGAUUCUUGAAAGGAAAAAGGCUUUCUUGAUCCCCAGAUUUUGUAUGUAUACAUGGAUAGAGAUGGAGUCCUUCAAGGGAUUAACUAGAAAUGUAUCUUCUUGGUUGCUUAUCUUUCUUCUUUUUUGCAUUUUUUCUUCUUCUGAGAGAAGGGUGUUUUGAUUUGAACAUGUAAAUUUUUUACCAUCACUAAUCAAGAAGAUAGAUUGGUUA